AUGGCAAAACAACACGCAUCAAUUUUAGCUUCUGGUCAGAUAUACACAGAAAAAUGCAUGACUUUUAUGAAAUCGGAAAUACGUAAAUCAAAUAGUCAUAGAGUCGAUAGUUUUGAUCGAAGCAACCAUACUUUCAUGGUCCACGAGACAGUAGUUCCAAAAGAAGGGCGACCAAUUGGUCAUUUUAGUGUAAAUCUUUCUAACAAGUGGUGCGAUUGUGGAAAAUAUCAAGCUAAACAUAUGCCUUGUUCACAUGUGAUAGCAGCAUGUUCUAGCAUCAAAUAUGAUUAUUGGAGCCUUAUAUCCGAUGUGUACAAGGUGGAAACAGUACUUAAAGUCUACAGUGAAGUGUUCCAACCGAUACCAAACGAAGGAUAUUGGCCACAAUAUGAAGGUGUUAAGGUGUGUCACAAUCCACUAAUGCGGAGAGUCAAGAAAAGUCGUCCAAAGACCAAGCGCAUUAGAACAGAAAUGGACACUACCGAUAGAGUCUCAAGAAAGUGCGGAUUAUGUCGGGGUCAAUGUGAUGUAGUACCUCAGCACUCUGUAGGUUUCAGACUAGAAGAUGAGAAGGCGGACUUGUAG